AUGUCUCAAGUCCCUACAGAAAUUAGUUAACAAAAUCAAAUAAUAUAGCAAAAUAAUGAAUGUUAAUAUGAAUCCUCAUAAUCCACAUUAUCUAAUACUUUAAAACAAAAUUUUUUAGGAUCAAAUCAGGAUUAAGAAUUUCAAGACAAGAAAAUUAUCUAAAAUAAGUCUAAAAUAGAAAAUAACUCGUAAAAAUUAAAAUGUGAGGAUAAUCAAUAAAUAAAAUAGAAUUCUUAAGAAUUAAAUGUAAAUGCUAGUAGUUAGAAUAUGCUCAAUGUUGAUAAUGAAUAAAAUUAAAUUUAAAUGGAGUAAGAUUUUUCUUAGAAUCAAUCGUAAUCAUAUAUAAAUAAUGAUUAAAAUAAAGAAAAAAGUUAAAUUCAAUCCUAGAUUGAAUUUAAAAGUUUGACUAGUAUGAUCAAAAGCUCUGUUAAUUAAAAUUAAGAUAGUAAAUAAUCAAAUAUAUAAAAGAAUAAUGAAUAAGAAAAAAAAAAAUAAUAUGAUUAAUAGCAAAUAGAUAAUAAUAAUUAACUAAAAACAUAACCUAGUAAAUAUAAAGAAAAAUAGAAUUUAUAAAAAUAAUAUUCAAAUGAACAAUAAAAUGAUCCCUUGGAUUAAUUUUAAUAGUAUUCUUAAAAUUAGUAAUUAAACAGAUUGGAUAAACUUCAAUAAAGUCCUUAAAAAAAUUUAGGGGAUGAAAAAACAAAAAUAGAAAUAAGUGAUAGACCUCCUGAAGAUUAAAAAUAAAAGUAUAUGAAUAAUUAGGUAGGUUAGGAUAUAAAUAAAAUUAAAGUAAGUAAUAAAAUAGAGAAUGGAAAAAAAUAAAUGAUUUAAAAUAUUGAAGUAGAUAAUGGAUUAUAAAAAAAAAAAAAAAUUAUAGAAUAAUUAGGAUAAAAUGAAAGUUAAGAAAAUCUUUAGGUCGAUGAUGGAUUACAAAAUAAAAAAGUUGUUUAAGAAUAAUUUCCAUAAAAUGAAAGUUAAGAAAAUAUUAAAGUAGAUGAUGGAUUAUAAAAUUAAGAAGUGGUUUCAAAAAUAUUAGCAUUAAAUGAAAAUUCUGAAAAUAAUUAAGUAGAUGAAGGAUUAUAAAAUAAAAAAGUUGUUUAAGAAUAAUUUCCAUAAAAUGAAAAUUCUGAAAAUAAUGAAGUAGAUGAUGGAUUAUAAAAUUAGGAAGUUGUUUAAGAAAUAUUUCCAUUAAAUGAAAAUUCUGAAAAUAAUGAAAUAGAUUAUGGAUUAUAAAAUUAGGAAGUUAUUUAAGAAAUAUUUCCAUUAAAUGAAAAUUCUGAAAAUAAUGAAGUAGAUGAUGGAUUAUAAAAUUAGGAAGUUAUUUAAGAAAUAUUUCCAUUAAAUGAAAAUUCUGAAAAUAAUGAAAUAGAUUAUGGAUUAUAAAAUUAGGAAGUUAUUUAAGAAAUAUUUCCAUUAAAUGAAAAUUCUGAAAAUAAUGAAGUAGAUGAUGGAUUAUAAAAUUAGGAAGUUAUUUAAGAAAUAUUUCCAUUAAAUGAAAAUUCUGAAAAUAAUGAAAUAGAUUAUGGAUUAUAAAAUUAGGAAGUUAUUUAAGAAAUAUUUCCAUUAAAUGAAAAUUCUGAAAAUAAUGAAGUAGAUGAUGGAUUAUAAAAUUAGGAAGUUAUUUAAGAAAUAUUUCCAUUAAAUGAAAAUUCUGAAAAUAAUGAAAUAGAUUAUGGAUUAUAAAAUUAGGAAGUUAUUUAAGAAAUAUUUCCAUUAAAUGAAAAUUCUGAAAAUAAUGAAGUAGAUGAUGGAUUAUAAAAUUAGGAAGUUAUUUAAGAAAUAUUUCCAUUAAAUGAAAAUUCUGAAAAUAAUGAAAUAGAUUAUGGAUUAUAAAAUUAGGAAGUUAUUUAAGAAAUAUUUCCAUUAAAUGAAAAUUCUGAAAAUAAUGAAGUAGAUGAUGGAUUAUAAAAUUAGGAAGUUGUUUAAGAAAUAUUUUCAUUAAAUGAAAAUUCUGAAAAUAAUUAAUUAGACGAUAGAUUAUAAAAUUAAGAACUUAUUUAAUAAAUUCAUGGAUUAAAUUAAAUUUAAGAAGAUGUUUAAUUAAUUGAUGGAGUAAAUGAUAUUUUAUAAGACGUUUUACAACAAGGCGUAUCAAAUUAAAAUUAAGAAAUAUAAAUAGUUGAUAGAUCAAAUUAAAAUAAUGAAAAUAUUUAAGAAAUUGUUGAAUAAAGAUUAUAAUUAGAAAAUAUUUUAUAAGCACAGUCUUAAGCUUAAGAAAAUGCUCACAACAAUUUCCCUCAUAUUUUCUAAGGACCAUAAGUACAAAAUAAUGAAAAUGAAUAAUUGAAUCCAUUAUUAUAUGAUCAUUUAAAUUAGACGAUUAUGUACAAAUUGGUGCCUGAUGAUAAUUCUAAUAAUUCUGGUAAUUCUGAUAUAUAAUGUUAUGUCUUCAACAUCUUAAAUUAAUAUUUAAAACAUCGAAUUUUUAUUUGUGAAAUAGAUUAAUUGUAUCCAAAUAAUAGAUAGAAAUAUUUCGCUAAAUUGAAUUAUUGCUAGGAUCUAAACAUAAUUCCUUUAAUUAUAGAAAGAAUUUUAACACCUAUAAGAAAUCAUAUUAUGCAUUUUAUUAACGAACAAAUCAAUCUAGAUAAUCUAUAUGACAAAACACUAGAUUUAAUUUAAUAAUUGAAUGUUAUAGAUAUAGAAUUAUCUUGA